CUGGCCUCAGUUCCACUCAAACAGAGCUGCUCACCGGUCUGCUCUACAUUGCACUUGACAUUACAUUAACAGGGAAAGUAUUUAAUACAGAGCACGAUGGGUUUCCUGGAAGACAGGGACUUUAGCGCGGUGCCGCAGAUUCCACAGUAUUACAGGGGGAAGACGCUCUUCAUCACUGGAGGCUCCGGCUUUAUGGGCAAAGUGCUAGUGGAGAAACUGCUGUACUCCUGCUCGGAGCUGGACAGGAUCUACUUGCUGCUCAGGACCAAGAAGAAUGUCAAGUCCGAGGACAGGCUGCAAGAUAUCUACUCAUCGCCUUGCUUCGAUCGCCUGAGACAGGAAAGACCGGGCUUAUUCGAGUCUAAAGUGUUCGUUGUCUCCGGCGAUGCCAGUGAAAUCGGACUAGGUUUAUCUGUAGAAGACAGAGCUCUACUGGUGAAUCGGGUCAACAUUAUAUUCCAUGUUGCAGCCAGCGUAAGAUUUGAUGACCCGCUGGAAGUUGCGGCUCGUCUGAAUCUGCGAGGCACGAGGGAAGUCGUGGAACUCGCUAAAGAAGUCAGGUUUUUGGAGGUGUUGUUGCACGUGUCGACUUCAUACGCCAACACCAACCGCGACCCGAUAGAGGAGAUCCUGUACCCGCCGCUGGCAGACUGGCGCGACACACUCGCCGUCUGCGAGCAGACAGACCACUACACGCUGAAAGUUCUCACACCAAAAUACCUCGGGGAGCUGCCCAACACGUAUACGUUCACGAAGCAGCUGGCCGAGCACGUGGUGUACGAGCAGAGGGGUCAGCUGCCCGCAGUCAUCAUGCGACCCUCUAUAGUAAUAUCAACCCACCAAGAACCCAUGCCGGGUUGGAUCGAGAACUUUAAUGGUCCAGUCGGGAUUUUUGUUGCAAGUGGAAAAGGUAUACUGCGCAGUGUGUACUCGGAUCCCGACCUGGUGUCUGAUUACAUGCCAGUGGACGUAGCGAUAAAAGCCUUCAUAGCUGCCGCCUGGGCCAGAGGCACCAAGCCGUUAGUACCAUCUGAUGACAUCCCCGUGUACAACUGCUGCGCCGGCGACCUCAACAAGAUCACGAUAGGCGCGCUGAUCGAGCUUGGCCGAAAAGUGGUUCUGGAGAUACCGCUCAACGACGCGCUCUGGCCCGCUGGCGGGUCCAUCACCACAUACAAGAGUGUGUACUACAUCAAAGUGCUACUCGUGCACUUGCUGCCUGCACUCUUCAUUGAUUCCAUUUUAUGGAUCGCGGGCAAAAAUCCCAUGUUAGUUAAAAUCCAACGCCGCAUCUACAUAGCGAACCUCGCGCUUCGUUAUUACCUGACGCAGCAAUGGACGUUCAGCAACAAGAACUUCGUGAAGCUGCGAAGUAGUCUGAAGGAAGAAGAUAAGGAAGACUUUUACUAUGAGUUGGAGCGCAUCGACAAAGUUGAGUUUUUCAAACAAAGCUGUUUGGGCGGCAGGAAGUUUCUACUCAAAGAGAAGGAUGAAGACCUGCCGAAGGCCAAAGCACAUUAUCGGAGGAUCGUUAUUUUGGACAUUGUGGUGAAGUGCUUGUUCUAUGGAUUUGUAUUGUGGCGGCUGCUGCACACCGCCUUCAUUCAAGAUCUCCUACAAUCCAUUUGUAGUUUAAUAUUUGAGUAACAUGUACGUCCUAUUUUUUGUUUAAUAAAUAAUAAAAUCAUUACCAA